AGGAGCAACAAAAUUAAUUACAAGAAGAAGGCUCAGACUGUAUUUGUCAGUAUCACAUUUUAACAAAAUGGCAUCUGGUUCGUCUGAGGGUGAGGGAUCUGAUACCAGGUGGGACACUGCCUUUAGGAGGGACCUCAGGCAUGAACUAAGAGAGAAUCUUCUGGAAACACAACGUACUAGGGAAGUGAUGAGUGUUCCUGAUGAGUUAUUAAAGAAAUUAGAAGAAGGUGACAAGUUGUAUGAUAAAGUGGUAUCUUCACGUGAAGCAGCUAUUGAUUCUGAGCACUUCAAACUGCUUUCAGAGAUUGCUAGACACCAGAGUCAAAGUUCAAGAGGUGAACUGAUUCAUUUUGAUCAACGGGUUUACUCUGAGAAACUGUUGUCACUGAUGGGUGGUAGGCUGGGUGGUCCCCCUGACUGGACUGUGUUGGGAAAACUUUUCAUUAAAUCUUUUAAAGUUGCUCCUACUACACAAUUUCUUCACGGAGCUCUUGAUCCAGUGCCAGUCGUUCAGAAAAGUGCACGACAAGCAAAAAGAGCAUCAAAAUCUGUAACGACAGAAAGACCAAAAGAAUUGACAGAGUUUGAAGAAAAGGAAGAGACCACUACAAGAGAUGUGUCCAUUUUAAUAAACACACUCAAGAGAGUGUUUGAAGAGCAAGGGAUUGAUAAGAUUCAUUACUUCAAGUUCAUCAUUGAUCCGGAGUCAUUCUCACACACUGUGGAGAAUAUAUUCCAUUUUGCAUUUCUCAUUAAGGAGGGUCGGGCUGGUCUAAUUAUAGAAAACGGGGAACCCUACAUUCACUUAAACAUUGGAGGGGGUGGGGCUACAGGAGGCACCAAUCAAGGUAUCAUCUCAAUCAACAUGAAGAUGUGGAAGGACUUGAUUGACAAGUAUGACAUCACUGAAUCAAUGAUUAAGAAGAGACAGUGAUCACCUCCUCCAAUACAUUAACUGACAUUGAUCGUCUGCUGUAACUGACUCAGUCAUUUAAUCACUUCAUUUAUUACAAAAAAUAUUUACAUCAUCUGAUCA